AUGGCAGGCUUGAGCGUGGCCCGAGUGUAUGCAAAUGCGAACGAGGCCCGUGGUCGCGAGUGGUGGGAUUACGAUAAUCUCACGCUGCAAUGGGGGACGCAAGACAACUUUGAAAUCCUGCAAAAGGUGGGUCGUGGAAAAUAUUCGGAGGUGUUUGAAGGUGUGAAUGUGGCAUCGCCAGACUUUGACAAGUGCAUCAUCAAAGUGCUCAAGCCAGUGAAGAAGAAGAAGAUCAAGCGAGAAAUUAAGAUUUUGCAGAAUCUAAUGGGCGGACCAAAUGUGGUCCAGCUGAUCGACGUGGUGCGCGAUCCACAGUCCAAGACACCGUCGAUUAUCACGGAGUAUAUCAACAACACAGACUUUAAAGUGCUGUAUCCUACGUUCUCUGACUAUGAUGUACGCUACUACAUCUUUGAGUUGCUAAAAGCGCUCGAUUUCUGUCAUUCCCGUGGCAUUAUGCACCGUGAUGUGAAACCGCACAAUGUCAUGAUUGAUCACGAGAAACGUCAGCUACGACUGAUUGACUGGGGUCUUGCUGAGUUCUAUCAUCCUUACACAGAGUACAAUGUUCGUGUGGCCUCGCGGUACUUCAAGGGCCCAGAGCUGCUCGUUGACUUCCAGGAAUACGACUACUCGCUGGACAUGUGGAGUCUCGGUUGCAUGUUUGCGUCCAUGAUCUUCCGGAAGGAGCCUUUCUUUCAUGGACACGAUAAUUAUGACCAGCUGGUAAAAAUAUGCAAGGUGCUUGGUACUGACGAAUUUUUCGUGUACCUGGAUAAAUACAAAAUUGAGCUGGACUCGCAUUAUGAUGUUAUUCUUGGGCGCUACCCACGUAAGCCAUGGCCCCGCUUUGUUACGCCGGAAAAUCAACACUUUGUCUCAGAUGAGGCUAUCGAUUUUCUCGAUAAGCUGCUCCGCUAUGACCACCAGGAGCGCCUGACUGCUCAAGAGGCGCAGCAGCAUCCCUUCUUCGAUCCUGUUCGGGCAACACUAACAUCGGCUCCGGCUGCCUGA